UUCGAGGGCUGCAGCACCCUGCGCAAGUACCUGGGGCAGCUGCACUUCCUGCAGAGCCGCAUCCCCAUGGGGCACGCGCAGGAGGCGGCCGUGCCCGUCACCUGGACUGAGAUCUUCUCGGGCAAGGCGGUGACACACGAGGACAUCAAGUACGAGCAGGCCUGUGUCCUCUACAACCUGGGAGCCCUGCACUCCAUGCUGGGGGCCAUGGACAAGCGAGUGUCCGAGGAGGGCAUGAAGGUCUCCUGCACCCACUUCCAGUGUGCUGCUGGUGCCUUCACCUACCUGAGGGAUCACUUCCCCCACUCCUACAGCGUGGACAUGAGCCACCAGAUCCUCAGCCUCAACAUCAACCUCAUGCUGGGCCAGGCUCAGGAGUGUCUCCUGGAGAAGUCCAUGCUGGACAACAGGAAGAGCUUCCUGGUGGCCCGGAUCAGUGCCCAGGUGGUGGAUUACUACAAGGAGGCCUGCCGGGCACUGGAGAACUCAGAGACAGCCUCGCUGCUGGGCAAGAUCCAGAAGGACUGGAAGAAGCUGGUUCAAAUGAAAAUCUAUUACUUUGCUGCUGUGGCCCACCUGCACAUGGGCAAACAGGCUGAGGAGCAGCAGAAGUUUGGGGAAAGGGUCAUCUACUUCCAGAGCGCUCUGGACAAGCUCAACGAGGCCAUCAAGCUGGCAAAGGGCCAGCCUGAGACCGUGCAGGAAGCGCUGAGGUUCACCAUGGAUGUCAUCGGUGGGAAGUACAACUCGGCCAAAAAGGACAACGACUUCAUCUACCACGAGGCCGUGCCUGCCCUGGACACCCUGCAGUCUGUCAAAGGUGCCCCCUUGGUGAAGGCUCUGCCCGUCAACCCCACGGACCCCGCGGUCACCGGCCCCGACAUCUUCGCCAAGCUGGUGCCCAUGGCUGCCCACGAGGCCUCCUCCCUGUACAGCGAGGAAAAGGCCAAACUGCUGCGGGAUGUGAUGGCCAAGAUCGAAGCCAAGAACGAAGUGCUGGACCAGUUCAUGGACUCCAUGCAGCUGGACCCCGAGACCGUGGACAACCUGGACAUGUACAACCACAUCCCUCCCGUGCUGAUGGAGAAAUGUGCUGCGCUCAGCGUGCGCCCCGACACCGUCCGCAACCUCGUCCAGUCCAUGCAGGUGCUCUCGGGGGUCUUCACCGACGUGGAGGCGUCGCUGAAGGAGAUCCGGGCCCUGCUGGAGGAGGACGAGGCGCAGGAGCAGAAGCUGCAGGAGCUGCUGGGGAGGGUCCCGCCCGCACCAGGCUCCCCCCCGGGGCUGGCUGAGGUCAGCAAGGAGUGCUCCAAGUACCUGGAGCUGCACGAGAAGGCGAGUUUCACCAACACCGAGCUGCACCGAGCCAUGAACCUGCACCUGGGCAACCUGCGCCUGCUGGGCGGGCCCCUGGAGCAGGUCCGGGCUGCGCUGCCCAGCCCCAGCCUGUCCGAAGACGACAAACAGGUGCUGCAGAACCUGAAGCGGAUCCUGGCCAAGGUGCAGGAGAUGCGGGACCAGCGCGUGUCCCUGGAGCAGCAGCUGCGGGAGAUGAUCCAGAAGGACGAUAUCACCUCCUCGCUGGUCACCGCCGACCGCUCCGAGAUGAAGGUGGGGCCGGGGACCGCCCUGUGCCCAGCCAGGGACCCCCCUCUGCACCCCUGGGUGCCACCUUUACCCAGCACUGUGACCCACUGCACCCCUGGGUGCCACCUUUACCCGGCACUGCGUCCCACUGAGCCCUCUGUGCCCUGUGCCAGGUGGAACACGACCGUGCAGACCCUGGUGGCCUCCUACGAGGCCUACGAGGACCUGAUGAAGAAGUGCCAGGAGGGGAAGGAUUUCUACACGGACCUGGAGGGGAAGGUGGCCAAGCUGCUGGAGCGGGCGCGGGCGGCGUGCCAGGCCAGCGAGGCGCAGCGGCAGCAGCUGCUGGAGAGGUGGGUGGGCCCGGGGCAGCGAGACCCCGGGGGGGCCGCGCCCGGCGGCGGCUCCGAGCUGGACGCGCUCUGGAAGGAGCUGCAGGAGGCGCAGGAGCGCGACGCCCGGCAGCGCUCCAUCGCCAUCGCCCGCUGCUACUCCAUGAAGAACCGGCACCAGGACAUCAUGCCCUACGACCGCAACCGCGUGGUGCUGCGCUCGGGCAAGGACGACUACAUCAACGCCAGCCGCGUGGAGGACCUGUCCCCGUACUGCCCCGCCCUCAUCGCCACCCAGGCCCCGCUGCUCGGCACCGCCGCCGACUUCUGGCUCAUGAUCUACGAGCAGAAGGUGUCCGUGGUGGUCAUGCUGGUGUCCGAGCAGGAGCUGGACAAGAAGGUGCUGCGCUACUUCCCGUCGGAGCGGGGCCAGCCCGUGGCACAGGGCCCGCUGACCGUGGUGCUCACCAGCCUGCGGGUCACCCCCACGCACGUGGAGCGGAUGCUGACGCUGCAGUACCGAGACCAGAGCCUCAAACGCACCGUGGCACACCUGCAGUUCACCUCCUGGCCUGAGCUGGGCCUGCCCGACAGCAAGGGGAGCCUGCUGCGCUUCAUCCAGGAGGUGCACGGCCAUUACCUGCACCAGCGCCCGCUGCACACCCCCGUGGUGGUGCACUGCAGCUCCGGCGUGGGCCGCACCGGCGCCUUCUGCCUGCUGUACGCGGCCGUGCAGGAGGUGGAGGCCGGGAACGGCAUCCCGGAGCUGGCGCAGCUGGUGAGGCGCAUGCGGCAGCAGCGCAAGCACAUGCUGCAGGAGAAGCUGCACCUCAAGUUCUGCUUCGAGGCCGUGCUGCUGCACGCCGAGCAGGUGCUGCUGCGCCACGGCGUGGGCGGCCCCAGCCUGGCCAAGCCCCCCAGCAGCGCCUCCCCCAAGCUCUACUUCCAGCAGGACCCGCAGGACCUGGUGCUGGGGGGGGACGUUCCCAUCAGCUCCAUCCAGGCCACCAUCGCCAAGCUCAGCAUCAAGCCGGGGGGGCCCACCACAGCCCCGGCUGGGUUGGUCCCGCUGUGCCCGCCCGGUCCCUCCGCAGCGCCUGCAGGAGGGGGGCGAGGGCUCCGCCCGCUCCCACCCUGAGAAGAGCCUCCUCUGGCCCCGCAGCGGGACGAGGAGCAGGAGGAGGAGGAGGCGGAGGAAGGUGCUAUUGCUGCAGGAGGGAGCCGGGCAGGGCAGCUGUGCCGGGGCACUGAAGGGCAGCACUGCCGGGGCUGGGCCUCGCUGACGCCCGAGGCCUUCAGCCUGGACGCGUCCCUCAAGGGCAAGCAGCGCAUGAACAAGCAGAACUUCCUGCAGGCGCAGCCGGGCGAGGGGCUCCGCGGGCCCCGGCCCAGCGACGACCCCCUCAGCAUGCUCGACCCCCUCUGGACCCUCAACAAGGCGUGAGGGGGGCGGGGGCCCCCCGGCCCCCAGCCCCACUUUAUUUGACUCCAGGUAGAACUGACUUUUUCAGCUCUUUGCUACUAAAAUAAAGCGAGUUUAUCUGCA